AUGCAGCCUUCAACCAGCAACCAUAACGAUCCAUAUGCAACACAAUUCGAAGACGGAAACUUUACUAAUUGGGGAGAGGCCGAAAUUUCCGAUCGAAAAAAGUUUUUUGACAGUGUGCUCGCGGAUCGUGCGCAGAAGAACCAUGAAGAGGAGCAGAAGAAAAAAUUGGCGAAGAAAAGAAAGUGA